AUGUCAAAUCCAUCAAAUAAAAAACCAAUAAGAGUAGGUGUUUCAGUAGGAGAUGUUAACGGAAUUGGACCUGAAAUAAUUCUCAAAACCUUUGCAGACACUAGGGUUCUUGAUUUUGUAACCCCAGUUAUCUAUGGGUCGCCUUCUUUGCUUUCUUUGCACAGAAAAACAUUAGAUUUACCUUCCAUGACCCAUACUAAUUUAGAGGAGGGGAUGGAAGCAAAAUCUAAAACACUGUAUAUAAAAAAAUGUUGGGACAAGGAUCCCGAAUUGGCUAUAGGAACUGAGACUUCAGUGGGAGGUGAAUACGCUAUUAAAUCCUUAAAAGCUGCUACUGAUGAUUUGGCUACUUCUAAGAUAGAUGUAUUAGUUACUGCCCCAAUUAAUAAACAUAAUGUGCAGAGUAAUGAGUUCAGUUUCCCUGGACAUACGGAGUUUUUAGCAAAUUUAUCUAAUGUUGACAAUGCAUUAAUGCUCAUGGUGGCAGAUUCGUUGAGAGUUGCAGUGGUUUCUGGUCACAUCCCUCUUAAGGAAGUAGCUAAAACGUUAACUAAAGAGAAAAUAGUAAAUUCUAUCCAUCAACUGAAUGAAAGUUUAAUCAAAGAUUUUGGUAUUACUCGUCCUAAAAUUGCAGUAAUGGGUUUAAACCCUCACGCAGGAGAUAAAGGAAUAAUAGGAGAUGAAGAAAAAGAAAUUAUUUCACCCGCUAUUUCCGAAGCAAAAGGAAAAGGAGUGUUAGCAUUUGGCCCUUAUUCAGCAGACGGAUUUUUUGGUAGCUCAGAUUAUGCUCAUUACGAUGGGAUAUUAGCUAUGUAUCACGACCAAGGUCUAGUGCCUUUUAAAAGUCUUUCUUUUGGAAACGGAGUGAAUUUUACUGCUGGAUUACCGAUUGUAAGAACUUCUCCAGAUCAUGGUACUGGUUUUGAUAUUGCGGGUAAGAAUCAGGCUUCAGAAUCUUCUUUUAGAAAUGCAUUGUAUUUAGCUUUAGACAUUUAUAGAGCAAGAAAAGAACACAAGGAAUUUACAGCUAACCCUCUGCAAAAACAGAAAUAA